AAUAUAUUUGAAAGUCAAGACUGUAUCGUUAAUGUCGUUGUAAAUUAACCUAUUCCAUUGUGAUUGUUUCGCGUGUGGAGUGUGGAGUGCGGAGUGUGGACAGUGACCCUAGUCCGUCGCCCGCGUCGUUCGCGCCGCCCGAGCCGCCAUGACACUUGACAGCUCCUGACGCGGGAAUCGGGACAUGCGUAGUCGAAGUCGCGCAUUUCGCCAAAUUAGUGCGCAUUAUUUAAUUUCACAAAUAACCGUAAUCUUUAUUUUGAUGAGUUUUCCUGCGUUAUCGUGUGAUGUCUUAUAGUUUGUGCUGAUUGUGAAUGACUACGUCAAAGGUCAAGCCACAAUCUUAUCUUUUGCUAUUUAAAUAUUAAUGUCUCGGAUCGAGUGAAGUCAGUUUAACGAGAGCUACCAAUCAGUACAGUCAUUUGAAUUUUAUUCGGUUUCUUUGAACGCAUCUAAAUAUAACGGUUUAAUUGGUGUCGAAUUAUAAGUGGUGAUUAUUUAGUGGAAUAUUUAAAUCUGUGCUAUAAAAAAAUGCCUUUUCGUCGAAGCAAGGGUCUAGUGAAAUGGAUCUUCGAGAACCAGCACAAGAUGCAGUCCGUCCGCCGCUGCAGCUCGUUGGCUCGCUACAAGGAGAUGGAGGACAGCGCCGCCUCCGAACAUGACGUCAGCGGACCCAAGACCCGUCCGGAGAUCACGCCAGAAAUAUCCUUCAAGCACGACGAUCUUCAAGUGAGGCUCGCGGCGCCGUACCAGUUGCAGACGAAGCCGGAGGCGGUCGAGUUAGGCUUCGGGAAGUACUUCACGGAUCACAUGCUCAAGAUCCACUACAGCAAGCACCUCGGAGGCUGGCAGAAGCCGGAGAUCACGCCCUUCGAGAACCUCAGCCUCCACCCCGCCGCCAAGGCUCUACAUUACGCUAUACAAUUAUUCGAAGGUAUGAAGGCGUACAGGGGCGUCGACGACAAGAUACGAUUGUUUCGACCGGAACUCAACAUGGAGAGGAUGAACCUGGCGGCUCAGAGGUCCGGCUUGCCCAUGUUCGACGGCCAGGAACUGAUCCGCUGCAUCACGAGGCUCAUACAGAUAGACCAGGAGUGGGUCCCUCACUCGGAGACCUCCACGCUGUACGUCCGCCCCACGCUCAUAGGCACGGAGCCCACGUUCGGCAUCAUGGAGCCGGAGAGCGCGCUGCUGUUCGUGAUCUUGAGUCCCGUGUCCGCCUACUAUCAGACCCGCGGGGACGGCGCCGUGUCCAUCUUCGCAGACCCCGCCGUGGUGCGCGCCUUCCCCGGCGGAGUCGGCAACCGGAAGGUCGGCUCCAACUACGGACCCACGAUCGAGGCGACCGCGCGCGCCGCCAAGCUGGGCCACCAGCAGGUGCUGUGGCUGUUCGGCCCCGACAGAGAGCUGACCGAGGUCGGCGCCAUGAACAUCUUCAUGGUGUACAUCAACGACCAGGGAGAGAGACAGCUGAGCACGCCACCCCUCAACGGCCUCAUCCUGCCGGGAGUGACGCGCCGCUCCAUCCUGGAGCUGGCGUCGCAGUGGGAGGACCUGGUGGUCAAGGAGGAGGUCAUCACCAUGGAUCGCCUCGAGGACCUCAACGAUCGCGGCCGCCUGCUGGAGCUGUUCGGCGCGGGCACGGCCGUGGUGGUGACGCCCAUCGCCAACGUGGGCUACCUGCACCGCAACAUCCGCGUGCCCACCACCAGCCAGCCGCGGCCCGUGUACCGCCGCCUCAGGGACACGCUGCUCGCCAUCCAGUACGGCCACGUCGACCACCCCUACGCCAAGGUCAUCGCGUAGCACCACCCCUCCCCUCCCCCUCCCCUCCCACCACUCCACUAUGUCCUCAGUACGGAGCGUGUCAGUGACUGUCGAACAUUCCGUGUGUGGUGUGUGUGUGUGUGUACGCGUUGUGUGUGUGCACGUGUGUGUGUGUGCGCGUGUGUGCGCGCGCGCGUCGCGUCGCUCCAGCCGUUAGUGUAAGAUUGUUGUAAGAUAUGUCGAGUUUUAGUUAUAAUGUUGUAAUAUAUUGUGAGCGAGUCUCUUCUCGUGUGAUGCGAACCUUCUAUACGAAUUUAUGAUGUAAAUAAAUAAAUAAAUAAAUAAAUAAAUAUGGUCGUCGUUAAGUUUAUUUAUUCCGAUCCGCACCGCGCUCCGUGUCGCCGGUGUGCAGACGCGUUUGUACUCUCUCCAACACCUUGUAUAUAAUAUAGAAAUAUCGAAACUAAAUAAAGUCAAUAAAAACCGUC